UCGAUCCAUGAACUGAAAAAGCGUCUGAAAUAUUGAAACCAAUAAUACAACAGGGAAUAAAUUAACCACACCACCACCAUUCAACACUAUUCUGUGAUCCCUAAAACUAACAGUGAGUUGAAUCAAUUAUCAAUCCAGAGCGUGUUGAAGGAAGGGAAGAGGACAGUUGGAAGACAAUUAAGUCACACAUCCAAGACAGCUGAGCCUCAUUAACUCCUUUCAAAUUUGGCAGGUGAGUUGAUUGAGUCUCAUUUUCAGUAUAUAUAACCUCACUGUCCUUCGUUUCUUCAAUGCACUGAUCUCAGUUAUUAUAUACGGGCUUAUAACUUAUAAGCUACCACUUUGUUUGUUUCUUUCCUUCUCAUUACGUACAAUGAAAGUUGUCACAAAUAAUGGCAUUGUGUUUGCAUUGUGCAUUCUACUUGCUACUUCUUUUUUCGUGGAAGGGGACGUUGGAAAAGUGAAGGAUGAAAAGCAUUUUGUUCAUGCUUUCAAGAGAGGGUUUAAACGAGGAAGGUUUGGAGGUGGUGGGAUAGGUGGUGGGGGUGGGUUCGGUGGAGGUGGAGGUGUAGGAGGAGGUUUAGGAGGAGGUGCUGGUUUUGGUGGAGGUGCUGGAGGAGGAGGUGGCCUUGGUGGUGGUGGCGGGUUAGGUGGUGGAGGAGGUUUAGGGGGAGGUGGAGGUGGUGGAUUGGGAGGUGGUGGUGGUUUUGGGGGUGGUGCUGGAGGUGGUUUUGGGGGUGGUGCAGGUGGUGGGCUUGGUCAUGGUGGAGGGUUAGGUCAUGGAGUUGGAGGUGGCAUUGGUGGAGGUGGAGGUGCAGGUGGCGGAGGCGGGAUUGGAGGUGGUGCGGGUGGUGGGCUGGGUCAUGGCAUUGGUGGAGGGGCAGGAGGUGGAGCAGGUGGUGGACUUGGCCAUGGCGUUGGUGGUGGCAUUGGAGGCGGGGCAGGAGGUGGUGGUGGUCUAGGAGGCGGAGGUGGGCUUGGUGGGGGUGCGGGUGGCGGGCUUGGUCAUGGAGGAGGAUUAGGUCAUGGUGUUGGUGGCGGCAUUGGUGGAGGUGCCGGAGGUGGAGGUGGUAUAGGAGGGGGAGGGGGAGUUGGUGGCGGUGCAGGAGCCGGCGGUGGAGUUGGAGGAGGUGCAGGAGCUGGAGGAGGUAUAGGAGGUGGUGCAGGUGGAGGAGGUGGGUUUGGUGGAGGAGCUGGAGGUGGCUUAGGUCAUGGUGUUGGUGGUGGUGCUGGAGCAGGUGGUGGAGUUGGUGGUGGUGCAGGAGGUGGUGCGGGCGGAGGAGGUGGGUUUGGCGGAGGAGCUGGAGGAGGAUUAGGCCAUGGUGUUGGUGGCGGAGUUGGUGGAGGUGCUGGAGGUGGAGUUGGUGGUGGUGCGGGCGCAGGUGGUGGAGCUGGUGGUGGUGCGGGUGGAGGAGGUGGAUUUGGAGGAGGAGGUGGGGUUGGAGGUGGAGCAGGUGCUGGUGGAGGUUUUGGAGCUGGUGGAGGGCUUGGAAAAGGAGGAGGCGUGGGCGGUGGAGCAGGCGGUGGGGGAGGUGGUGGAUUUGGUGGAGGCGGCGGCUUUGGAGUUGGCGGUGGCUUUGGUGCUGGCGGAGGCGCUGGAUUUGGUGGUGGAGUUGGUGCUGGUAGUGUGCACUAGUAGCUUGGCAGCAUUGUUGUUGAUAACUGUCAAUUUUCAUCCUCUAUUCAAUUUGUUUCACUUUUUGUUUCAUCUUCAAGAAACUGUCAAUUAUAUUUUCAGUCAAGCUAUUGUUGUCUCUAUUGUAUCACAUGUUAAUGUCACUUUAAACGUAUGGGAAACAAAGCUUGUAAAAUGUCUUUCUCUAAAUUAAUGCUGCUAUUUUUUAGCAAUAAA